AUGGCCACCCGAAGUAAAACCCGAGAAGUGCAUGAAGUCGCAGUUGUAACUCAAAUUUCCACUUCCACGGAAUCGAUGACACGGCCAAAUCGUAACAAGAAGCAGGAACAACUGAAACCGGAAAUUGAAAUCCAAAGUCGCAAUGUCGUUGACGAGUUACGUGAAAAACUGCACAAAAUUUCGUUCGGAGAGCCCAAAGACUCGUCGACUCACGCUCUUCCUCGGAUUACAAGCGCUCUUCAAUUAAAACAAGAGCUGGUACUUCUUUGCAAUGAAGUUUUCAAUGUCCUUGGGCCUUUUAACCUUGAAGCAACUUAUCAACGAGCUUUGGCUCUCGAGCUCCAAGAUCGAGGAAUCACGGUCUUGUCUGAAGUUGAAAUUCCAAUCGAGUACAAGGGACAACCAAUUGCCACUCGACGUGUGGAUUUGUACUUGAAACUGGACAAACCAGUGAUUCUAGAGCUCAAGGCAGUCGUCACGGGACUCAAGACGGAACACCUGAAACAGCUUCAAUUCUACAUGACCCACUUCAAAGUGAAUGAGGGAUACCUCAUUAAUUUUCCACACGUCACGGGUUUUCCGGAUGACAACAACAUGCUUUGCAUUGAGCAUGUGUUACAACCAAAAGGUGGACUUGGUGUCAGUGAUAGAGUCACGAGAUCAUCCGUGCCUCGCAAAAAUAUGAUGCCUACGAUCAUUCACGUCCAGCAGGUGAAGACGACAAGAAGGAAGACGGUCCUGGUGGAGUCGACACCUUUUUUUCUCUAA